UGAAGAGCUGUGCUUUUUGAACUGAAAUUGAGAACUGAAAUUGAGAACGGUGUGUCCGGUCACGACCAUAUCUGGCCAAAAUCAAUCACUUUCAAGUUCCACUUUCCACUAAUUUCCACUUGAUUCUAUGGCGUCGAGUGACCCUGUCGCAUCCGCUGCUGGCUCAGCCAUGUGGUCUGACAAGGCUGCCACUGCGCGCAUGCUGGACUUCCUGAACAAGACCAACACGGACGCGGCUGCCGUCACGCUCAAGCGGCGGACGUACGACGCGCUGCUGACUCCGCUGCUCGCGGCAAACCCCGCGGCGCCGCUGAGCGUGCUCGACGUGGGCUGCGGUGCUGGGCAUAGUGUCAUUGCGAUUGCCGCGCUGCUGCCGGCCGGAUCGAAGGCCGUCGGCGUGGAUUUUAACGAGGCGUUUGUCAAGCAGGGCGGCGAGCUGGCCGCUGCGCAAGUGGCCACAGGCCUCGUCCGUGCCGAUGUCGAGAUUGUCUUCGCCCAGGCGGAUGCGCAGGACUUGUCGCAGUUCAAGGAUGCCAGCUUUGAUGCUGUGCGCACCGAGCGUGUCUUGCAGCACCUGGCCGACCCGCUGAAAGCGCUGCGCGAAAUGGCUCGCGUUCUUCGUCCAGGCGGCCGCUUGGUUGUCACCGAGGGGAACAAGGCGACCAUUUCGUGCUUUGCAGAAGACCCGUUCCUCGUCGAAAUGCACAUCAAGACGCUCGCCAACAUGUCGUUUGCUCAAGACUCGAUCGGAACGCGCGUCCCGCUGCUCGUCCGCCAGGAGCUCGGCUUCUCAGACGUGCAUGUCCAGCCCGAGGUGCUCCUGCUGACCUCGCCUCAGCAAGUCGACCCGGGGCUCAAGCGGGCCCAACUUGCGACCGAGUCGCUCGUGACCAAAGGCACCUUCACGCGCGAGGAGUGCGAUCGGUACAUUCAGACGCUCCUCGCCGCGAAAGAGUUUGAGGUCAUGUACUCGAGCACCUGGUUUGUGACUUCCUCCACCAAGCCCUCCAGUUUGUAAAGCAUGACGUCGAGUGAUUGGCGGUUUGGUCGGGGGUGAGGGGUUUAGGUGGGAAAUCGUGAUGUGAGAUUGAUGAUUUUUUGUUUGCUGUUUUGUUUUGCAAUUUCAAUUCAG